AUGCUGAAACAGAUGACGACUUCUUCUAAUCCAUCUGCUUCAUUGCCCUCUUCGUCUUCGCUGAAUAAACCGAGAUCUACGAAUAAAAUCAGAGGUCUCUUCUUACCAGAGCAAGAGGCUGAGAAGGGAGGUGGAAUGGACACCCAGAAACAGAAGAAGACGGAAGGAAAAGUAAGUCUACAUCCGUUUAAGUCGAAUUAUUUUACCUCCCAGGCAGCCACCGAGAAGAGGAGGGAAGGACAGCUGCGCAGGUAUGCUGCGGUAAAAAGGGCUGAGCAGCUGGCGAAGGAAGUAGUGUGCAAGCAGGGAAGUACCAUGAAGAUGAACCCACAAGCACUUCUAGCAGUAUUUUCAAUCAAACAACAGGAGAUGUUCAAGAAGAGGGCGAAGGCACGGGCAGACACAAUGCAAAAACAGGCGGAAGAAGCGAAACGCCGUGACGUUUCGUUGGUGGUAGGACCUUUUGGCUUGAUGAUGACAGGACAGCAGAAGGAGGAGAUCAAAAAACAGGCGGAGAUGACACGUCUGAUGAACGCAUCUGUACAACUCAUGAAUCAGAUAUAG